CAUUUUUCCUUUGGGGUCUCCUGCUGCAAGCGAGAUGAUAGGAGAAAGCAUACAUCAAAGAGAAAAAACAGGAGAAAAGCGAGGGAAAAUAUUUGCUCAACUCAAAUCUUUUCAUCAUCUCUCAUUCUCUCUUCCUAGUUCCUACAAUCCUACCUACACUUUCGCUUCUUCUCCAAUUCUCAUUUUUCUCUCUCCUCCAUUUCUUUAAAAUCACAAUCGAUUUCUUCUCACCAAACCCAUGAUUUACCAACUCCAAUCAUGUUUCGCUUUCUCCGCUGGACAAGAUUGGCCCAAUCUUCCGCGAAACGAAUUCUCUUUUCCGGCGAUACUAGGAGAGAGAUUCAAGCUCCGCCGUCGUUGUUCUUUCGUUUUCCGGCCACAAAUCAAGAGAGAUUUAAAUGGGGCGGCGAUUUCCCUAAUCGCCGCCGAAUUAAGGCCGAGGUCAAUUGCCCUAGGUGCUCUAGGAUUAUCGAUGUUCUUUUUUCGAGUAAUCGUCCGUCAAAUGGUAAUGGUAACGGUAAUGGUAAUGAAUGUGAAGCUGUAAGUGUUUGCCCCAAUUGUAAGUCUGAAUUUCACUUUCAGCCCUCUAAAAUGGCUCCUCUUGAAGGGAGUUUCUUAGAAAUUGGGAGUUCUGAGGUUGUUAAUAAUAAUAAUAAUAGUAUGAUGAGUGAUAGUAGUGGUAGUAUUGGUGAUGAUAGUGAUAAAAGAAUUAAUGAUGAUAAUAACAUUCCUUUGCAAUUUUGGGAGGUUAUAAAGAAUUCAUAUAUUGGUGGUGCUGGUGCUGGUGUUGGUGGUGGGGAACCGCCGCCGGGUGUUGGGAAUGGGAUGAUUGUACACAAUCCACCGAAUCCGCCCUAUGUGCCGGGGGCGCAUUUUAUUAAGGCGAAUGGUGGUCAUGGUCGUCGUGGUGGAAAGGGGAAAGAUAGGCGCAAUGGGGGAAAUGAGAGUGGUCAAACUAGUUGGGGAGGAGCACAGUUAGGGAAGGAUUUGCCUACACCAAAGGAGAUUUGUAAGGGAUUGGAUAAGUUUGUCAUUGGACAACACCAUGCCAAAAAGGUCCUCUCUGUGGCUGUUCAUAACCAUUAUAAGAGAAUACAACAUGCUUCAUUGAAAGGAUCAGAAGCACAAUUCCAUGCUCCGGAGGCAGAGAAUGAUGAUGUUGAACUAGAAAAGAGCAAUGUCAUAUUAAUGGGCCCAACUGGUUCUGGUAAGACACUUCUUGCAAAAACACUUGCUCGGUUUGUAAAUGUACCCUUUGUUGUUGCUGAUGCAACAACCUUGACAGAGGCUGGCUAUGUUGGAGAAGACGUUGAGUCAAUAUUAUACAAGUUGCUUACGGCUGCAGAUUAUAAUGUACAAGCCGCUCAGCAAGGGAUAGUGUAUAUUGAUGAAAUUGAUAAGAUAACUAAAAAGGCUGAGAACUUUAAUGUUAGCAGAGAUGUCUCUGGUGAAGGUGUGCAGCAAGCCUUGUUGAAAAUCCUCGAAGGAAGUAUUGUAAAUGUUCCUGAAAAGGGUGGAAGAAAGCCUCCUCGUGGAGAGCAUGUUCAGAUUGACACUAAAGAUAUCCUUUUCAUCUGUGGUGGUGCCUUUGUCGAUCUGGACAAAACAAUUUCGGAGAGACGACAAGAUGCUUCAAUUGGUUUUGGUGCGCCCGUCCGAGAAAACUUGAGAAGUGCUGGAGUAGCUAGUGCUGUGGUGACUUCAGCUUUACUUGAGACUGUAGAGAGUAGUGAUCUUAUUGCCUACGGCCUCAUUCCAGAAUUUAUCGGCCGCUUCCCGAUUUUGGUCAGUCUAUCAUCAUUGACUGAGGACCAACUUGUUCAGGUCCUUACUGAGCCAAAGAAUGCCCUUGGGAAGCAAUACAAAAAAUUGUUUAGUAUGAACAAUGUAAAACUUCACUUUACAGAAAAGGCUCUGAGAUUAAUUGCCAAGAAAUCAAUGGUCAAGAAUACUGGGGCAAGGGGUUUAAGAGCCCAAUUGGAGAGUGUACUAACAGAAGCUAUGUAUGAGAUCCCAGAUAUGAAGGCGGGAAAUGAUGGGAUAAAUGCUGUGCUAGUUGAUGACGAGUCUAUGGGGUCAGUUAGCUCUCCUGGAUGUGGGGCCAAAAUUCUUCGGGGAGAUGGUUCACUGAAAGACUACCUAGCUAAUGCCGAACAUGGAGUAUGUUAAUGAUAGUGCUGAACCUGUAAUCAAAGAGUUGCAAAGAGGGGUCGUUCAAAGAGGUAUUAGAGUAUGAUGUAGGACGUAAAGUGCAAGAUCGUGGAGGAUGCCAAACCUAGAAUCUGUAGACUGUCUAUGUAGUAUUAUUUUCCAUUCUUGUUAGCCAUCUUUCUACUGAUUUUGUUGUAGGGGUAUGGCUGUGUCUGUGUGUAUCUUUUUUUUUUUUCUUUUUUUGAUAAAGCCUUUGUAUAUCUUGAUCUCCCUAAAUCCCUUCCAAUUUGGGUUCUACAACUUACAAGCUGUGUUGUGGUCAAUAUUAUAUUAUACUCCCUCCGUCCCAUAAUAUAGUGCUUGUUUCUUUUUUA